AUGUGGACGAGGCUCGACGCAAUUGGCGUUUCAGACCCUGGGGAACAGGCCAUCGACGAGCCAACGGCGAUGGUGCAGUUCCGCGAUGCUGACAACAAGGACAAAGGGCGUUAUGUCGUGGCCAUCAUGCUAAAGUCUCAAGGCCACUUGCCAAGCACGAAUCGGACAGUUGUCAAAACGCGGCUAAAGCGUCAGCUACAACGCUUCCUGACCCAACCCGGAGCACUUCUGGAGUACGACAGCAUCAUCAGGAUCUCACGUCGAGAAGCCGUCACCACGAAAGUUCGGGUCGUAUUCGAUGCGUCUUCUCAUGAGCUGGGGAGUCCUUCGCUCAACGACGUGCUGGACGAAGGAGUGAAGCUCGGGGCAAAGUUGUUGCAACUUCUGUUGCAGUUCAGAGGCAGCCCAAUAGUCCUCACCGCCGACAUACGUAAAGCGUUCCUGCAGAUCUGCAUCAGGCCGGAAGAGCGGAAUCGUUGCUUCAUGGAAUGGCUGCGUUUGAAUGUGGCACGGACUCCACUCCUCCUAUUUAAGCGGUACGAAGAUCACCGGUCGAGUCUCCGGCGCCGCCUUGCUCAUCGAGGCUACCGAGAGCUUUCCCCCGCGGUGCUACUUGGCCAUACUCAGCUCGCUGAAGUCACGUCUGCGCUGAUACGAUUCUUCCGGGAGUCUAAACUCCUGGGCAUCAUCUGA